CGUGGCCUGAGGCAGCCGGCAGGGUUGGGCGGUGCUAGCGUAGCGUCCUCUCCUCUCUCGCCCGCAGCAGGGAGUAGCCACCUCGGUGUCAGCAGCAGCGGCGCGGCCCCUUGUGAGUCCCUGGCAGCCCGGUGCGCUCCGCCGCAGCCUCCUCUCAGAAUGAAGAUGUGGCUCUUUAUAAUUGUGGCAUGUUUGAUCCAAGGAAUUGUAAGUUCAGAAACAUUUGUCAGAAGAAGAAGAAAUGUGGAUCCUGAAACAUCUAUGAAUAUUAGUGAAAUUGUUACCUACAGAGGCUACCCCAGUGAGGAGCAUGAAGUGGUGACUGAAGAUGGAUAUAUCCUUAGCAUUAACAGAAUUCCUCAUGGAAAGAAAAGCCAUGGGACGAAGAAGGGUCCCAAGCCUGCUGUUUUUCUGCAGCAUGGUUUGCUUGCAGAUGGUAGUAACUGGAUCACAAAUUUGGACAACAACAGCCUGGGCUUUAUGCUGGCAGAUGCUGGCUUUGAUGUUUGGAUGGGAAACAGCAGGGGGAACACUUGGUCCAGAAAGCAUAAACACUAUACAGUGAAGCAAGAAGAAUUCUGGGGUUUCAGUUUUGAUGAAAUGGCUAAAUACGACCUUCCUGCCACUAUAAACUUUAUUGUGAAUAAAACUGGACAGGAGAAAAUCUAUUACAUUGGCCAUUCACAGGGUACCACUAUAGCUUUCAUCGCAUUUUCAACUAUGCCAGAGCUGGCUAAGAAAAUAAAAAUGUUUUUUGCAUUGGCACCUGUAGCCACAGUCAAGUUCUCCACUAGCCCUCUGACAAAACUUGGAGUGCUUCCAGAGCUGCUUCUCAAGGAUAUGUUUGGAAAGAAGCAAUUCCUUCCCCAGAAUUCAUUGCUGAAGUGGCUUGCCACUCAUGUUUGUACCCACAGAUUACUUGAUGACCUUUGUGGCAAUUUCUUCUUUCUUAUAUGUGGCUUUGAUGAGAAAAACUUAAACAUGAGCCGAGUCGACGUGUAUUCAACACAUUGCCCUGCUGGGACAUCUGUACAAAACAUGAUCCAUUGGAGCCAGGCCGUUAAAUCUGGGGAACUCAAAGCUUAUGACUGGGGAAGCAAGGCUGAAAAUUUGGUUCACUAUAACCAGUCUACCCCUCCAUUCUACAAAGUAAAAGAUAUGACCGUGCCAACUGCACUGUGGACUGGUGGACAUGACUGGCUUGCAGACUGGAACGAUAUUGGCAUAUUGCUCACUCAAGUCACUAAUCUGGUUUACCACAAACACAUUCCUGAAUGGGAACAUCUGGAUUUCAUCUGGGGUCUCGACGCACCCCAUCGCAUGUAUAAAGAAAUCAUUAACGAGAUGAGCACAUAUCUGUAAAGCUGCCUGGGGUGUGUGGGGUUAAAAUCUUGCUAAAUGCCUCGCUUGGAAUGUGGUGGUGUCUUGGAAAUAGCACCACAUCUUUAUUUAUAAUGCCUUUAAAAAUGCCAAUAAUGACUACUGGUUUGGAUUAAUAUCUAUUUUUGAUAUAAACAGUGUUAUAUCUUUCACCGUUACAUUCCCUUUGCUAUCCUGCUGGCUUCAUGCAAUGUGGUUAAUACUGUCAGAAAACAGUAAUGUGCCUUUGCCUAGAGGAAAUAUUUUAAAUCCAUGUAGAUUUAUUGAUAUGUUUAAAAGACAAAUUAACCCACUUUGCAUGUCAGCAGCCUGAAAGUUCAAAAGAUAAGCACUUACCCCUGAAUAAAAUAUUAAAAUCAAUUUGAAAAUCAAAUACAGUUGAACCUCAGAGUUACAAACACUUGGGAUUGGAGGUUGUUCAUAACUUUGAAAUGUUUAUAACACUGAACAAAACAUUAUGAUUCUU